CAUUCUUAGCGCCAGGACCAUUUAUUCUUAGCGUUGCUGGUUUACUUUCCUAAGAAACCUCAAGUACACCAAUCUUCUUUGCCUCUCUAAUACAUUCCAAAUAACCUUGUACUAUAUUCAUAGUAUAUAUUAAGCUUAAACAAUCUCAAGUACUAUGGCUCCAGGAGUGCCCAUGGAUGUGAUUUCCUACACCGGCAAGGUUUCCACGGCUAGCACUGGCUACUCUAAAAGGGCCUUUGUAACAUUUUUAGCCGGAAAUGGGGAUUAUGUUAAAGGGGUAGUUGGGUUGGCGAAGGGUUUGCGCAAGGUGAAGAGUGUAUACCCUCUGGUGGUAGCAAUGUUGCCAGAUGUGCCUGAGGAACACCGUGACAUUUUGAGGUCUCAAGGUUGCAUUGUUCGUGAGAUUGAGCCUAUUUAUCCACCUGAGAACCAGAUUCAGUUUGCCAUGGCCUACUACGUGAUCAACUACUCCAAGCUCCGCAUUUGGAAUUUUGAGGAGUACAGCAAGAUGAUGUAUUUGGAUGCUGAUAUCCAAGUGUUCGAGAAUAUAGACCAUCUAUUUGACACCCAAGAUGGCUACUUCUAUGCCGUGAUGGACUGCUUCUGUGAGAAAACCUGGAGCCACUCACCACAAUACUCUAUCGGUUACUGCCAGCAGUGCCCGGAAAAGGUGACAUGGCCUGCUGAGAUGGGCUCUCCUCCUCCCUUGUACUUCAACGCUGGGAUGUUUGUCUUUGAGCCUAGUCGUUUGACUUAUGAGAGCCUUCUUGAAACUCUCCAGAUUACGCCACCAACCCCAUUUGCCGAGCAAGAUUUCUUAAAUAUGUUUUUCCAAAAAACAUACAAGCCAAUCCCUCUAAUGUACAACCUGGUUUUAGCGAUGUUAUGGCGACAUCCUGAGAAUGUGGAGGUCGAAAAGGUUAAAGUGGUUCACUACUGUGCUGCUGGUUCAAAACCUUGGAGAUAUACUGGCAAGGAAGCUAACAUGGAUAGAGAGGACAUCAAGAUGCUAGUGGCAAGAUGGUGGGACAUAUAUAAUAACGAGUCCCUCGAUUUCAAGGCUGAGAACUCAGUUUCAGAAGAAGAAACAUUAAUGUCGAGGUCAUCCAUCUUGUCUUCCAAGCCUGAGCCUGCCAUUUCCUACAUCUCUGCGCCAUCUGCUGCUUAAACUUCUUGAUUAAGAUAGUUUAAAAACUGGUGUAAUCCCAUCCUUCCUUUAAUUUUGUCUUUCAUCAUAAACUCUUUUUCAGGCUGCUUGUGCUAAUUAUUUUCUUGUCCUGUGACUUUACAUGUGUGGUGUUAUAUAAGGUAUUCUUGUAUUUGAACUAA